CUUCAACAUCACAAAAGAGCUCCAAUCAGCUGUGACUACUCAUGAUAUAAGGCGUUUCUUUUAAUGCAGCAAACCAAUAGCAAGAAGGUGGGUGGGACGUCUAAAAGGAAAACUUGGGCUGUUGGUACUAGUGCUGGAAUGCUAGAAAACUUGCAUGCCACGUAGUCGGCGUUAUUGCCACUAGCUAACGGGAUUUUGGUGUGCUUAUUUGUUUGUAAUCACCUUAGAAUAAACAUCACUCUGUUCAAGAGGAAAUAUGUUGCAAAUUAUGUUCAGUUUCCUUUUACUGUUCGUCCACUUAAAUGUGGACUGUGCAAAACUUCCGGAACCAGAGGUGAAGAUUGAAGUUAUGUCCAAGCCUUUCCUCUGUCACCGAAAGUCCAAGUAUGGAGACAUUCUUCUGGUGCACUACGAGGGCUUUCUGGAGAGUAACGGCACCAUGUUCCACUCCAGCCGGCAGCAGGGGGAUAAGAACCCGAUGUGGUUCACGUUGGGCAUCCGAGAGGUCAUCCAGGGCUGGGAUAAGGGCUUGCAGAAUAUGUGCGCUGGCGAGAGGAGGAAGCUGACCAUCCCACCCGCUCUCGCCUACGGCAAGGAGGGCAAAGGUAAGAUCCCACCAGAGAGCACACUGAUCUUCGACAUUGAGGUGAUGGAAAUCCGCAACGGACCGCGCUCCCACGAGUCCUUCCAGGAGAUGGACCUCAACGACGACUGGAGGCUCUCCAGGCAGGAGGUGAAGGAGUACCUGAGGAAGGAGUUUGAGAGACACGGUUAUGCCGCCAAUGACACACACCACGAGGUGAUGGUGGAGGACAUAUUCAAGAAGGAGGACGAGGAUGAGGAUGGGUUCAUCUCCGCUCGAGAGUUCACCUACAAACACGACGAACUGUAGCCACCUUCACACACCCUCUCUAGUCAUGUUUGCAUUUAAAGGAACACACCAAUUUUUUGGCAAAUUAGCAUAUUUUGAUGUCUAAACCAGAGUUAGAUGGUGUCAGACUGGGUGAUUUUGAUGUCUAAACCAGAGUGAGACGGUGUCAGACUGGGUGAUUUUGAUGUCUAAACCAGAGUUAGACGGUGUCAGACUGGGUGAUUUUGCAGGCACAGAGAAGAGAGGUAUCUAUCCUCUUAUCUAACUCUCGGGAAGAUUUCGAAUAAGCUUAUUUCUCAGAAAGGUGGCUUGUUUCUUUAAGGACACUUCAACAUGCCGCCAUUAACAUUUCAGUGGAGUGCAGUGGUGUCUUCAGUCCGUGGACAUGAUUUUAGAUUCCCAAAAUAUAUAGGCAAGAAGGAGAAGAGAAGGGUAGGUGUUCAGAGUGUGUUGGGAGUGGAGAGUGAGUGUGUGGAUGUGUAGUGAGUGGAGCGUGAGUGUUGGGUGUCCCUGGGUUGUGCUUGUCAGGAUGUAUCAUGUGUGUGUGCUUAACUCACCACCAGACAGAUAGCAGCUGUCUAAUAACAUGGCCAUGAUCUCCACCUGUCUAUGAAGGUGUGGUCUUCUGUCACUGAAACAGCAGCAUCAAUUGCAACAACAAUACUCAGGAACAGUGGCCAGCAGCAUGGCUCAGGAACUGGCCCUGUGUAGCGUCAGCUUCAGAAGGCCAGACGUCCUGAAGGCCCUCCUUCUACCAGUGCACUCAGCCUCUGGAGAGCUGAAAUUCCUCUCAUCACCAGUAGAGGGAGUGUUGUCUUUGCUACUGCUCAGGCAUCCUCUGAACUUUAUGCCCCAGGAGAGAAUCACCUGUCCCAACCCUCACCUGUCCCUCCUCUCCACCCCCUGCCUUUGUGCCUGUAUUUGUAUGUAUUUAUUUUGUUACCUUUGUCUGUAUUUUUCUCAGUUUUUUUCUCAGUUCUGACUGGCUAUAUCACUGUGAGUUUGGCUUUAAUGAGAUUGAAAUGAAACCAGUGGAAAUGA